AUGAGCGACAAAAUACAUUCUUCACCUCCCCUUCUUCUUCUUCUUCUUAACCUCCUCCUCCUCCUCCUUCUUCCCUCCACCUCCUACUACUACUUCAUUUUUAGUUCCUCCGCCUUCUUCGUCCUUUUCUUCUUCUUCUCUUUCUUCCUCUUCUUCCUCCUAUCCUCCUUCUUCGUCUUGUUUGUCCUCUCCUCCUUCUUCGCCCUUUCACCAACACCUCCCUCCACCUCCUCCCCUUUCUUAUUCUCGUCCACCACCUUCUUCUCACCUCCUCCUCAUUCUACUUGUCCCUCUUCUGCUUCUCGACUUCUUCGCUCCUCGACCUCCUUCUUCUUCUCCUCCUUCUUCACCAUACUUCUUCUUCUUCUUCUUCUUCUUGUCCUCCGCCUUCUUCUCAACUCUUCCUCCUCCUCCUUCUUCUUCUUCUUUGCUCUACCCACUCCUCCUCCUCCUCCUUUUCUUCUCGACCUCCAUCUUCUUUUCUUCUUGACCCCCACCUUCUUCGUUCCUCCUCCUUAUUCUUCUUCACGUCCUCCACCUUCUUCUCCGAUCCUCCUCCUCCUUCUUCUUCUUCUUUGCUCCCAGCUUUUUUUCUUUCUUUGUGUCACUCUUCUUUCUUUCUUUCUUUCUCUCGUUCUUUAUUUCUUUCUUUUUAUCGCUCUUUCUUUAAUUUUCUCUUUAUUUCUUUUUACUUUCUUUCUUUCUUUCUUUCUUUCUCUCGUUCUUUAUUUCUUUCUUUUUAUCGCUCUUUCUUUAAUUUUCUCUUUAUUUCUUUUUACUUUCUUUCUUUCUUUUUUUCUUUCUUUCUCUCGUUCUUUAUUUCUUUCUUUUUAUCGCUCUUUCUUUAAUUUUCUCUUUAUUUCUUUUUACUUUCUUUCUUUCUUUCUUUCUUUCUUUCUUUCUUUCUUUCUCUCGUUCUUUAUUUCUUUCCUUUUAUCCAUCUUUCUUUCUUUAUUUCUUUGUAUCCCUCUUUUUUUCUUUCGUUCUUUGUGUCACACUUUCUUUCUUUUUGUACCAUUUUUUCUUUCUUUCUUUCUUUCUUUCUUUCUUUCUUUCUUUCUUUCUUUCUUUCUUCGUAUCACUCUUUCCCUCUUUCCUUCUUUCAUUUUAUGA